CUCGGGCGUGGGAAAGGGAUGAAGUGGAGGACGUAGUGAACUCGCAGUUUAUUUUUGAGGCAGUUUCGUGCUUAUCCUGGAACGCACGGUUUAGCUCAAGCUGACCUCAAACCCCUGAAUAUCCUCCUGCCUGAGCAUCCUGAGUGCUGGGAUUACGAACGUUUGAGCCAACACUCCAGGCUUCUGUUGGUGUUAUUUUGUUGGCUGUUUUUGUUUUUGAGAGCGUUUCGUAAAGCCCAUAUUGGCUUCUUUGACGGAGGAUACCCUUGAUUUGAACCAAGAGCUGAGCUCAUAGGCUGGCGCUACCACACAUGGCUUCUGAUGCAUGUUUAAGUAGUUUCCACUGAGUGUCCUCCAGGAUACAGUCAAAAGAAAGUUCUCCAAAACAAAGUGCCUGAAGCAAGGGAUGGCACUGGCCUUGAUCCACCCUAGCAAGCGUGCAUACUCUUUGGCUCCUCUGAGUCUGAAGGAGGAGCUUCAGGGAUUCAAAGUUCAAGGAAACAGAAAAGGCCUUGGGCAGGAGCCAUUGAGCAAACAGUUCAGGCAGCUGCGCUAUGAGGAAAGCACUGGACCUCGAGAGGUUUUACGACGACUCAGGGAGCUCUGCAGACAGUGGCUGCAGCCUGAGACCCGCAGCAAGGAGCAGAUCCUGGAGCUGCUGGUGCUGGAGCAGUUCCUGACCAUCCUGCCAAGAGAUCUGCUGGUCCAGGUGCUCGAGCACCACCCAGAGACUGGGGAGGACCUGGUGGGAAUACUGGAAGAUUUGCAGCGAGACCGUGGAGAAGCAGGACAACAGAAGGAUUCAACCCAAGGAAGCAGACAGACUGUGCUGGUUGGAGGGACAGUCCCUCACAAAGAAGCACAGAAGCAGCUGGUCCUGCCUGAGCAUGAGGUGCAGAAGCCUGAGAAGGAGAAGGGUAAGGAAACAAGGAAUGAUAAUGGGAAGCUCAUUGUAGGGACAGACUCUUGUGGAAGAAUAGAAUCAUCUUGUACAACAUCUGAACCCAUUGAAACCCACUAUGAGGACUUGCACUUGGAAAAGCAACCAGCCAUGCCCAAGGAAAAAGCUAGCAGCCAAUGCUUGGAAACUAAGGAGGAACUUGUCCAGCAUUCAAACCUGACUGAACUUGAAAGGGCACAUGCAGGAGAAACGUCUUGUGAAUCUGUAGUGUGUCAGAGUUCUGCUCCUACUGAGCAUCCAGAAGCCCUCUCUAGAGAGAAAGGUCACCUCUGCCAUGAGUGUGGGAAAGUCUUUCAGAGGAGUUCACACCUCAUCAGACAUCAGAAAAUUCAUCUUGGUGAGAAGCCUUACAAGUGCAAAGAGUGUGGAAAAGUCUUUAGCCAGAAUGCAGGUCUUUUGGAGCAUCUCAGAAUCCAUACUGGAGAAAAGCCCUAUUUGUGUAUCUAUUGUGGAAAGAACUUUAGGCGAAGCUCUCAUCUUAAUCGACACCAAAAAACUCACAAUCAGGAGGAGCCUUGUCAGUGCAAGGAUUGUGGGAAAAUCUUUAGUAAGGCCCUACUCCUUACCCACCAUCAGAAAAUCCACGGCCGCUUCAAAAGACAUCAUUGUAAUGAGUGUGGGAAAGCCUUUAAUUUGACUUCGGACCUUAUUCGACAUCACAGGAUUCACACUGGAGAAAAACCUUUCAAAUGUAAAGUAUGUCAGAAAGCCUUCCGCCUAAACUCACACCUAGAUCAGCAUGUCAGAAUCCACAAUGAAGAAAAACCCUACAAAUGUAGUGAAUGCAAAGAAGCCUUCAGGCAGAAGUCAGGUCUCUUUCAGCAUCAGAGACAUCACCACAAAAACAAAGUGGCUUGAUGAGGUUCUCUGAGAUAUCAGAAUGUUACUUUGACAAACAAACAGUGCUUUGUAAAAAGUCACCAUGGCAUCAGAAUUCUUGGAGGCCAAAUUGGAAGCAAUUUGCCUCCAUUGCUUCCCUUUCCUUUGUUUUACUUAAAGCCAUAAUUAGACUAUAUAAUUUCAUUUUAGAUGGUGGAAUCGGAGUUAAACAAUUCUUCACUACAGGACGUCUCAGAGCUUUUAAUGUGAUAAGUACAAGAUUAUUUAUCUCUAAGUAACAGCCUUGUGUAUGAAUGAAAUCUUUAAAAUCAACAAGUCAAGUGCCUACAGAUUUAUACAGAAUGAGAGCAAGCUGAUAUAUUUGCAAGUACUAAAGCAACAGGCUCCUGUAAAAUAAGACUAAUAAGGGUUGGAGAGAUGACUCAGUGGUUAACAAUUGCUAUGCAAGUGUAAGGACAAUAUUUUAGAUCCCAAGCACCCAUGUAGAAGUCAAAUGGGUAUAGUAGCCCACCUGUGGGCCACCCCUCAGGAGGCAGAAAUGGGAUCUUUAGAGCAAGCGACUAGCCACACUAGCUAUAUCAAGUAACUGGAUUCAGGUGGCAGAAUUUGGAGAGCAGUUGGUGGUAUGAUCAAGGAAGACUCCUAACAUUAAUCUAAGUGCACAUGUAUACCUACACAUGCAAACAUCACAAAUGAAAGAAAAUCCCAAGGGGCUUGAGUGAUACUCAGCAGUUAACACUCUGCUCUUUCAAAGGAUCCAUCCAUUUUGAGUUCCUAGCACCUACAUAGUCCACAACCAUCUGUAACUUAGUUCUGAGGGAUCUGAUGCCCUCUUCUGGCCUCCUCAGACUCCUGUACACAAAUGGUCCACAUAUGCUCACACAGGGGCACACAUAUACAAAAAGGGGAGGAGGGGGAGGUUAAAAAAACUAAGCCCAAAAGAAAUCUAAUACUGCUUGGAAAUACACAUUCUCAAAAGUCUAACAUAGGCUAGCUAAGCAUUCUCCCUACCGGUUUCACCCACAUGGUGGCCUUAUACCCACUUUACCCAUGAACCACCAGUUAAUACACUUGAAAAAGUGUAUUCAGAAACUUGCUGUUUAACUGUGGAACCUGCCCUUCAUGGAUUAGCUCAUGCCGUUUUACAUUUCCUACCUGUUUGAACCACAGUAGCACAUUGUUUAGGUUAUAAAUCAAAGUUUUCCUUAAACUAUGCAGGAGACUGUGAGUCAUUUGAAUAACCUGUGUUGAAUCCAAGCACCAACUUUCUUAGGUGGCAGCUCCAGUGCCAUUACAGUGACUGCUUGGAAAACACUUUUUAAUGAAUGUCCCUUGGGGGAAACUUUUUUCCUUUGAUGCCAAUGAUGCAAAUUUUAAAUGAUAUUUAUUUUGAAAUAAUUUUGACCAUUAAAAAUCAGCUUGGCAAGAUGAUUGUGGUCAUUUUGUCAUAUUGAUGCUAGUGAUGAAACGUAAGCUCAGAGGAGCCUUCCCAGGCACAUUACCAGAAUAGUAGAUAUUGCUUCUGGGUUGAGAAUAGCACAGGUUAUAGUUCUCUGAGAAAAAGGCUUCUUAAGUUAGGCCACUCUGGGAAGAUAGAUGAACCCUUGUAGUGAUUACAACUUCGUUUCACUCCACUUGGCUUACAAAUACUUUUCUUGUCCAAUAGAAAAGGCUGGUGCCAAAGAUGAUCCGUGGUAUCCUACAGUCUUAAUCUCUGGCCUUUUGGCUCUAUCAUAGUUCAUGCUGUCAGUUUUUAAGGCCAUAUGACUGCUGAAGUUGCAACUAUCACAUGCAAAGUAUGGACAAAAGAAAGUUAAAAAGAGGUUCUUGGUUCAGUAAGCCCCCUUUGAGCAGCUUUCCCCAAAUUUGCUUAGCAUGUGUAUCUUAGGCCAAAACUAACAGGAAGCAGGGGAGGAUAUUGUUUUGUGCAGAGCUAAAGAGAUGAAAGGGAAGAUGGAUAUCAGAAUUACACCUAGCAGUCCUUGGCCUGUUUGAGCAAGCUGACUAGAAGCAACAAUAUCAUUUUCUGUAGGGAAACCAAAUGUGUAAGAGAAGUACACAUUUGAAACACUGAAAACCAUGCAAAGUCAAUUCUUUUGCUUAUAAGCUAAAAAACCGAUUUUUUUCUAAAGCCUUUAUAAACAAAAUUAAGUUGAUGUCAUAGAUACUUUUCCCAAGUAAUUUGAGGGCUAUACUGAGAUUAGUACCUAAACAGUUUCAUGUUAAAAUUUAAAAUAGAUUCUUUUCAGUUUAAUAAGGAAGCAUAUAGAUGGUAUAUCUUGUUCUUAAUGUAAAAAUUUAAAGUCUGAAGCCCUAUGUACUCUGAAUUACUUGGAUAUUUGGUCUAGGCUUUCUCCAUGAUGACUAAGUUAAACAUUUCUCUUUGGGUAGUAUCCUAUCUUUAAUAUCCAAAUACAGAGUGUAAUAGAUGACUGUGUGUCACCACCCAUUCAGUUCUCCCAUUUAUAGAAGAUAAAUGCAGUUAUAUGGUUUGCCACUACAGACAGAAUAUAAGCAAAUAGGCAAGGAAGGGGGAGGUAACUGUCUAUGUCAUAUCUUUUUAAAUUUGUAGUUAGUUUACCUUCUGCAUCUCCCCCAUGCUGAGAUUAAAGGUGUGUACCAUCAUGCACUUAGAAUUGUGAUAGAAGUUUUAUUGUAUUUUAUUUUAGUAAUUUUAUAGAUAAAUGUCUUAAAUUAUGGGGUGUUGGGGGGUGUUCCAUCUAGACCACAGUUGUUAGAUCUCCCUGGGAGCUAGAGUUACAGGCAAUGAACUGCACAGUGUGGGUGCUGGGAAUUGAACUCUGGUCUUCUGGAAGAGUAGUAUGUCCUGCUGAGUCAUCUCUCCAGCCCUACUAUAAUAAUAGUAAUAUACAACGAAAAGACAACCUUGACGCUGACAUUUUGUUACAUAGGAGACUGAAGCAGGGGGACCACAAAUUCAAACCCAGCCUGAGCUACAUAUUAAGACCCUAUCUCAAAACAAGUGCUAAGGAUAUAUGUCAGUGGUCGAGCAUUUGUGCAGCAUGUGCAUGGGCUGGGUUAGGCCCCAGCACCACCAUAAUAAAAUCUUAGCUUAUUAUGAAUCUCCUUGAUGUUUGCCUCUUAUGUCCAUGCAAAAACCUGCAUGUUGGUAUCUAUAACACUUGUAUAUUUCCUAAACCUCAGAAGAAAGCUAGCUGUCCUUCAGUAAAUAGAGCCUAUUUAAGAACAUGCUUUAUAUUUCUACUGUUGACAUUUAUCACUGGGUGUGUGAAAGUGAUGAUCUUUUUCUGGCUUUUCUAUUAACAUUUCCUUUUACUCCUAAACAGCAUGGCCUUUAAAAGUUACAGAACUAUCAAAAAGUUUUAAUUGUACAUUAUUUUUUGCCAGUUUCUGUGUGCUGUAUUUACUCAACAAAUAUAUUUAAAACAAUGUAAAAACAUAAUUUAAUUAUUGAUAGUAUAAAGAGAAUAGUUUCCUAUGAAAAUAUUGAUGUUGACAGUACUGUAAACAAUCUGUAAAGUUAUAGAGUUUCAAAGGAAUUUUUGAAUAAAUAUCAAGCUUUUAAAAAAAUAUAAAGAUUUUGAAUGGUGUUUCCUGUAGCAUUGCUUAUAAAGAAUAUAGCCUAAGCCUAUAUUAAUGAGGAUAUAGUCGGUGUAUAUUGUAACCUAUACAAUGGAAUACUAUUGUUGGGAUGUUUAUAAACUAAGCUUAUGGGGCUGGGAGAGGCUCAGUUGGUAAAGUGCCUGACAUAAGCGUUUGAACCUGAGUUCAGAUUCCCAGAACCCAUGUAAAACAGUAGGGAUGGUAGUGCACAGCUAUAAUACCCUUGGGGGUGUGGGGAUCCCUGGGGCUUGCUGGCCAACCAGUGAAGCUGCAUCUGUGAGUUCCAGAUUCAGUGAGAGACCUUGUCUAAAAAUCAAGGUGAAGAGUAACAGCAUCUGGCAUCCACCUCUGGCUGCCACACCCACACGCACUUGUGCAUGCUCAUGAGCAUGCGCAUUCAAAACUUUUUUUAAAAGCGGCUAUGGAAAAAAUUCCACGCUAUCCUAGCAGAAAGAACUAAAGUGCAAAAUUACAUUGUGAUUUCCAUAAGUGUUUAAAAUGUUUAUACACUCUCUGAAUAAAACGUUCUAACGCC